AUUGAAUCCAAAAUGGCUGAACAUUUUUUGUACAGAAGAAGCGUCCAACGAGAGCAAACGCCGUGAGACCGUGUGUUUUCGCAGCGAAUAACUGCAAUAAAACCGCAUUAAACGCGCCCUCGCAACGCGAAUUGACAAUUUAGACGCGCGUGCUGGCCAAAUGCCGCACAAAUCGCUGGAAAAAGUGUCGGCCAGACGGGAAAAUAGCGAAAUUCGAGCGAGCGCAGCGAACGUGUAUAUGUAAAGUAAAACGAAAGUUGUGGAUGUCGCUCUGCGAGAAAGAGAGGUCGAGUACAUAUAUACGUAUAUGUGUGUAUUUUUGCAAGCCGAGAAGUCGAAGGUGAAAUGAAAAUGCAUUAGCAUUCAAAAACAAAAAGACAAUUGUCAAUAAAAAUCAGCGAAAUUCGUUUGUGAAAAUCAUAUUUUGCACGCUCGUGUCGGUGUGUGUGUGUCUGCGCGCGCCCCUGUAUAGUGGUGUGUGUGUGUGUGACCAUUGGAAUGGAUUAACCAAACCAACUUAUUCCAAAACAAUAAACCGCACAACAUAACAAUAAUAACCAUGCUGUUCCAAGGAAACAGCUGGUGAUUAAACACUUGGUCGUCCAGUCAACCAAAAUCGGUUGCUAUAAUUAGCACGCCCACAUUAAAAAAAAGAAAACACCAAAAAAACACCGCCCACGCGGUAAAAUCUUAGGAUAUUGCCGACAUGGAUAUGGACUUGGAGCAGCUGAAGAACGACUUUUUGCCGCUGAUUGCCGGCAUCAAGCAGGAGCAACUGGACGCUGUGCCCACGGAUGCCCUGCCCCAGAUGAGGACGCCCAGCACGGACAGCGGAGUGCCCCCCACCUCGUCGAUGAGCUCCUCCUCGCUGAGCCUCAGCAAUCCCUGCGACAGCGCCGAGAAAAGGUCGGAGUCAAACUCAUCGGCAUCGGCCAAGUUCACCCUCUUCAAGUGCGUCUACUGUGCUCAGCUCCUCGGCUCCAACGAUCGGCCCAAGCUGCUGGAAUGCCUCCACGUGGCCUGUGCUCAAUGCGUGAGCACCAAGUUUUCGGAGCUGGACCGCUCACUCCCGCCACUGAUCCAUUGUCCGGUGUGCGACAAUGCCUCGCAGCAGGAGUUCAUCGUGGACAACCAGUUCCUGAUUGAGCAGUGCACCGCCGGUGACAGUGGUGAUGGAGUCGGCCUCAUGGGCUUGACGGGCGAGGGUCAAAAGGCUUCUGCCGCGGCGAGCAUCCAAUGCAGCAGCUGCUCCGACGGAGCGGUGGCCACCUCGUGGUGCGUUGACUGCUCGGAGUACAUUUGCGACAGCUGCGUGCAGGCCCAUCAGCGCCUGAAGAUCACCAAGGAUCACACGAUCAAGCCCAAGGACGAGGCCAACAACGAGCAGCUGGCCGGGGCUGCCGGCGUGGACAAACUACACAUGUGCCAGUUGCACACACAGGAGAAGCUAUCGCUAUUCUGCGAGACCUGCGACAAGCUUACCUGCCGCGAUUGCCAGCUCAGCGAUCAUCGGGAUCACAAAUACAAGUUCGCCCACGAGAUCGCCACGGAGUCGCGACAGGCGCUGUCCACACUCGUCUCCGAGAUUAACUACAAGCGGUUCCUUCUGUCCUCGGCCACCAAGGUGAUCGAUGACCGCCAGCAGCUGAUUCACGACAAGAAGAAGGACCUGAUUAAGGAGAUCACAGCCAUGGCGGUGAAGAUCACCAAUACGGUCAAUACGCGGGGCAAGCAGCUCAUCAUGCGAUUGAACGAGGUGUGCGACAGCAAACUCAAGGUGCUGGUGGAGAAGAAGGAGACGCUGCAGCUGCUGUCCGACAAUACGGACCACUGCAUUGACUUCAUGCAGAAUGCCCUGGAGAAGGGCAGCGACUUUGCCAUCCUCUCGAGCAAGAAGUCGCUGGUGCGUCACCUGCAGAAGCUCAAGUGCCAGCGGGCGGAUAUUCCCAAUCCAGAGAUUCCGGUGCGCAUACAGGUUCAGCUGAACCAGGUCUCCGAUCUGCAAAAGGUCAUCUCGCAGCUGGGCAUCAUCAUUGUGGACGGCAAACCAUAUCCGCCCACGCCCUCGCCCAACGGAACCCCACAGCCUCAGCACCCACCGCGCCAGCCGCCCAGCCCCAACAUGGCCCCUCCUCUGCGGCCCGGACUUCCGCCCGGAAUGCCAGCUGGCCUAUCGCCCAAUGGACCGCCCGUCAACUUUGGACCCCAGAACGGACCGCCUCUGUACAGCAACGCAGCCCAGCAGCAGUUCAACAAUCUGUCCAUGAGUCGCUCCUUUCCGGGCGACGGGCCAGGUAAGGUUCGCUUCGGGGGAAUGCCGCCAGUGGGCAUGCAGCGGCACGGCCAGCCGCACGUGAGCUCCUCGACGCAUCCGCAAAAUAUGGACAUCAGCCUGCGGGGCCUGCUGAACAACCAGGCGGCGCAGAGCCCCAACGCCCAUAUGGCAUUCAACGGGCCGCCCAGUUAUCCGGGCGGGCCGCAAGGAGCACCAGCGCCGGCCCACCAGUCGAUGGGCCCCCAGAUGCGUCCGCAUUUCAUGCCCGGCCAGCAGGGUUUCUCCCAGGGCGGUGGUCCAGGCGGCGGACCGCGGGACGCCAACUUCAUGAACAGCAACGCGCGCUUCCAGUCGCAGUAUCAGCGCAUGGCCAACCACGCCCAGCAGCAGGCGGCGGCAGCGGCGGCCAUGGCCGGAGCGGCGGGGGGCGGCGGCGGGCAGAUCCCCUCGCCGGGUGCACUGCAGCGACCCCCAAUGAUGUCGAAUCCCAUGCAGAAUGUGAGCGCCAUGCAGAAUUCGUUGGGGUUUCAUGGGAGCCAGGCUGGCUUUAAUGCCGGCCCACCGCAGACCUCCCCGCAGUUAGGCGGCGGCGGCAUGCACAGCCUGGCCAAGUGGCACAUCCCGCAAUCCGCGCAACAGUCGAACAUGUGUUCGCAGCAGGGUCCCCUUUUGCCUUUUGCGAAUGGCCGCCAGACAUCGGAAAAUUUUAAAAUCUCACUCAAAUCUCCAAACACGCUCAAGAACAGCACCCCGCCCAGCCUGGGGGGCGGUGGUGCAGGUCACCAGGGCCUCGGAAACGGCUCCUCCAGUGCCCAACUGAACGCAGCUGCCCUGGGAUUGGGGCCCGCUGUAUCGAUACUCUCAAAUGUCACCUCGACGAAUCCAAAGACGCCCAGUCCCAGCACCCAUGAGAACACCAAGGACUUCACCGAGCCCAUAGACAAGGUGCGGGAUGACUCGAUCAACGACCUGAUUGCCACCAUAGCCAAGUUGGACUCGAAUGGGGUGCAGGUGCUGCCGGAGGGUCGCACCAAGACCACCUCACCGCAGGUCCACAGCUCCACGGAUCUGUCCAACACACAGGAAGUUAAUAAUAAAAACGAACAAAAAGAUGAUCCCAACGAGGACUGGUGCGCCGUCUGCCUGGACGGAGGCGAGCUGAUGUGCUGCGACAAGUGUCCGAAGGUGUUCCAUCAGAACUGUCACAUCCCCGCGAUCAGCUCGCUACCGGACGAGAGCGAGAGCUGGCAGUGCCUGCUGUGCGUCAACCUGAAGGAGCUGACCAAGACGGAGGGCAGUGAGAAGGGCUCCUCCGGCGAGCUGAGUCCCGUCGAGCUGCGCAUCCUGCAGCGCAUCUGCCUGGAGCUGUAUUGCCAGUACGAGCAGAGCCUCAACUUCCGGGAGCCGGAGUCGCCAGCCAAUACAUCCUACUAUGAGAUUGUGUCCAGCCCCAUGUCGCUGGAUGUGAUCCGCACGCGCCUGGAUCCCUCCAGUCCCAAUCACUACAAGGACAUUGCCGGUUUCGUGUCCGACGUGCGUUUAAUCUUCUCCAACACAUACCUCUUCUAUCAGGAGGACACAAAAACUUACUCCAAUGCCAAAUACCUGGAGAACUUCUUCGAGGAGCAGCUGGCCAAGUGGCUGCCGCAGUUUGAGGGCGGCAAGCAGCUGGGUAAGGGCGGCAGCAGCUCCAACUCGCCGGCGCUUUUGGGCGUAAAUGCGACUGGCUCGCCGUCGCCCAUCGAGAAUGGACGGAAGAGCUGCGGCUCGGCAUCGCUGGGUGACAGCGAUUCUGGCUGCUUGCCGGCCAAGAGGGCGCGACGGUCGGGGCACGAAUAGAACGAGCUAAUGCCCGGGGGAAAGGGCACAGACGGGAAGCCGGUGGAGACGGACGAGCAACGCCGCCAGGAGGAGCAGCAACUGCCGGCGUUCUUGGAGGAGAUGGACUUGGAAAUGCCGCAACGGCCGCACAGCCUGGGCAGUAAUGUUAUACAGGAGAGCGCCGACUAUGUGCUUCAGCUUUUGCACGCUUACGCCGCCGCAUUCGGACUGUAGAAGCCGCCAAAGCUACUUGCCAACAUUCUUUCCUCUAAUGAGACUUCACUGCAAAUGGUGGCGAUCGACCCGUAGGCUUUCCCCCACUAUCAUGAGAGACACAAACACAUCUAAGCAGCUAGACCUAAAAAAAAAAAACAGAUGUGCCCUUUGAACUUCAGUGUUUGGACAUGUUAAGAAACUCACUUGUAAAUAGUAAAGCCAAGCAAGUCAUUUGAUAUGAUUUUAUUUAUACGUACAAUGGAAUAAAUUGAAUCCUUGGGCGAUCGAGAAUUGAAAUGAGAUAUGUUUAGCUAAAUUCUAAGUGUUGAAUAUCCAUAAACCUUGAUAUAAAUAUUACUAUAAAUAUGUAAACCUUUCUGUAGAGAACCACUAGAGAUUAAAGCUAGUUUGUAAGUGUUCAAGCUCGAGUGAAAUUGUCAUCCUAGUUUCACUGAUUUCUAUUUGAGAUAGACCCCAUUCUGACCCCUCUCCGUUGGAAUUGUAUUUACUUUUGUGAUAGCAAAAAACAAUAAGAUGAACAAACUACCCAUUAUUCAUUAAUAUUAUUAUUACCAUUAAAUUAAACGCUGUGGCGAAGUUCUACAUUAUUUUCGAAUUUGACAUGUACGAUAUUUAUUGACCGCUAACCAUCCCAUCAGUAGGACCUAAAGUAGGGCCCCCCAGCUCCUGCUCUUCCCCGAGAACAGCAUACAUUCGUAUACCACGUAAGAAGACACUUGAAAUAAGUUAGCUGCAUUCUAGCCGUCUAAGUUCCGCAGAUGAAUCAAACCCCUAGACUACGAGUAAGCAAAACAUUGAUGUUUGGAUGUUGUACGUUUGACGUAAUAGCAUACAGUAGCAAUAAGGAGUGACUAGCUCUAUUUAUUACCGAUCGAUCGGCGGGCCAAACGCCCGCAGGCGAUGUACAUACUGAUCUAUACAUAUUUCCGACACAGAAUCACCUUUUCAUAUACCCAUAUAUAUAUAUCUAACCGAGCGUGUACGUAGUUUUUUACGAUGCCGGAUUGAAACUAAAGUAAACCAAAUCAGCUAAGGUCGAUAUUUUCAUAAAUAUUUUCAAUGAACACGACACGAACAGAAUUCAAACUGGACAACUACAACAAAUAUUAUAAAACUAGAUGCUAAAACGUCUACAACCUACUCCUAACGGCGCCGGAAUAGGAACAAUAUAGGGGCGGAAGAAUAUUAAUGAAAUUAUAUAGCCAUGCAUAAGUGUUUGUACGAUGUUCCCAAUGGACGACAAUGUGUGCUAUCCUAUCAAGAAAAAAGAACAAGAAAAACAAAAGCUAAGUAGAUCAUGCAUAGCAGCUGCGAAUGUCUGUAUGUUGAAUGUGAAACUAUGGAAAUUAUUUUAUCUGUUUUAGCCGUAAGUUUUACGAUAACUAAAGAUUAACCACUGUAUAUGGAUGUACUACUUACUAUCGAGUGGAUUAUAAAAUAAUAAAAAACUUCAUGUACUGCUCUGA